AUGGACUCUCAUGGAUCGUAUGGACCAUGGUUAAAGACCACUAUAUUAGAAGUCUCUGUUCCCUGGGAGGACAGCAGUGAGGAAGCUAACGAGAAAAAACUCGGAGGAUCAGCAGAGAGUAGCAAUAGUUAUUUCCUAUAUGCUGACUUUCCUAUAUUUUCUUUCAACUCUGCUUUUGCUGCGAUAAUUAUUCGGACCCUAAACAAUUUUUCUGUACACAUGGCUAUCAUGGACACCACUAUUCCUGCUCCUAAUCAGAGAUAUACAUAUUGUCAGUCAUUAAAGGACAUGAUCAGCAUUUCCGCACAAGUCUACGCUGCGAAACCUGACAGAAUCGGUCGGCGCUACAAGAAAGCGCUUUACUUUGAAUAUGCCGAUCGUUCGUACAAGACUAAAGUAACUCGAGAUAAGAAGGAAACCCAUCUUGGAUUCUUGGGUCCCGUCAUUAGAGUAAAAGAAGGUGAGAGAGUUGAGGUCUACCUGAAAAAUAUGGCUUCGCGCCCCUAUUCGUUCGUACCCCACGGCACUCUUUAUAGCAAAGAUUUAGAAGGAACAUUCUAUCGCACCAAGGACCAUCAUCAGAAACAUUUUGAUAGUGAAGAAGUAAACGGUUUGCUGACACAACCUGGGAAAACACAACUUUACGUUUUUGAAGCACCAUUCUUAGGAACACGUGACCCUUCAUGCAAGGUUUUUCCUUAUCAAUCAGGAGUGAAUUUUUUGAGAGAUAUGAACUCCGGGCUCGUAGGUCCAAUAAUAAUCUGCAAAAAAGGAGCCACGUCUUUCCACAAUAUGGUAACCGUCGACAAAGAAUUCGUACUGUUAUUCUCUGUGGUAGACGAGAAUGUGUCGUGGUACUUGGAGGACAACAUAGCCAGCUACAUACGAGACAAGAGUACACUAGAUCGAAUGGAAGAAGAUUUUAUUCGAUCGAAUUUAUUACACGUCGUCAAUGGAUAUGGUUAUGGUAAUCUUCCUGGGUUGGACAUGUGCGUCGGGGACCGAGUUAUGUGGCAUAUGUUUAACGUGGGCAAUGAAUUUGAUGUACAUACGAUAUAUUUCCAUGGUCACUCGUUCCAUAAGCAUGGAGUGAACAGCGACGCUGAGGAACUUUCACCAGCUUUGUCCAACUCGGUCAUCAUGGAUAUCGAUAAUCCAGGGAAAUGGGCGGUUGUCUGCCGUACAGGUAUACAUUACCAAACAGGAAUGCAGGUGCUGUACAAUGUCAAAGAUUGCGGAUACAAGCAUCAUCAUCAUCUUCUGCAGAUGGGUGACUUUCAUUGGUUUCCUAACCAUGCCACGACGCGUUACUAUUAUAUUGCGGCUGUGGAAGUUCAGUGGGAGUUCGCCCCUUUGAAACGAGGUAUCAUCACAGGAGAGGAAAUCACUGACCCCGAUUCGGAAGGCUACGUGUAUGUGAGGAAAACAGGAAACUACAUUGGAAGUGUUUAUAAAAAAGCUGUUUAUAGAGAAUUCACGGACGAAACCUUCACGAAGAUGGUUCACAGAGGGGAACGUGACAUUCAUUUAGAUCUUUUGGGCCCCAUGAUCAAGGGAGAAAUCGGAGACACUAUCAAAGUCGUUUUCAAAAACAAAGCAUCUAGACCUUACUCAAUGCAUCCACAAGGAGUCCGUUACACCAAGCAAAACGAAGGACAAAUCUAUCUUGAUGGAUAUCCUAACAAAAAAAGCGGGCAAGUGGCACCUGGGGACACGUUUAUUUACACCUGGCAGGUAACAAAAUCGUCUGGUCCUGGCGCUGGUCAAAGCAACUGUAUUCCUUGGAUAUAUUAUUCCUCUGCAGAACCUAUCAGAGAUCCUUAUAGUGGUUUAAUUGGUCCGCUUGUUGUUUGUAGAAAGGGAUAUCUGGAUCACUCGGACAAAAGAAAUGACGUCGAUAGAGAAUUUGCGCUUUUGUUUAUCAUCAUCGAUGAAAACCAAAGUUGGUAUUUGUCAGAGAACAUAGCUGCACAUACGAAUGUACGAGAUAAUACAACUCUUCUAGCGGAUCCUGAAUUUUAUCAAAGUAACCUAAUGUUCACUAUCAACGGUCGAAUCUAUGGUAACAAUCGAGGACUGGUUAUGAAGACCCACGAACGUAUCGCCUGGUAUAUAAUGUCCCACGGCGGCGAUAAAGAUGUCCACACAGCACACUUCCACGGCCAGACUUAUCUGCAACGCUUCGAUGGCUUGCAUAAAGGAGAUGUUCUCGAGGUUUCUGCAGACACUGCCAAAACGGUGGAGAUAAAAGCUGAAAAUCCGGGCAAGUGGAUAUUACAUUGCCAUGUGAAUGAACAUAUCAUCGGUGGUAUGGAGACAGCUUACACAGUCCUGGCACCCGGAGAGCAUUUAUAAUUAACGUCUGGUCGUUGAUUUGCAGUAGACAUUACGCGGAUGUUGGUGGUUGAUGACGGACAUAUUAUACAAUCGAAUUUUGUAAACUUUUGAAAUAAAUGGAAAA